UCUUGUCAGUACAUCCAUAUUCUUUGCAUAGUCCAACGUUUUGCAACUAAAACGAGAGUUUCUAUUGGACAAAUUCAGGUAGGUGCCGCUCCGUUUCUUUCCGUUUGCUUCCGUUUAAGAAACGUUUUGCAACGGAAUCGGCGUAAUAAAGAGGCCCCAGAGAGAGGGAGGGCGUAUACCUUAAUAUAGCUAGACAGUCAUUGGCGCAGAGCACCGACGGCGCACACCGAGAAGGGCGCCAUGCGGAACGGUUGACUUGCACCUACAAGACGUCCGGAAGACUGGACUUAUCGAAAUGUUGGGCUCGAACGCACCGAAUUUCCUAUUAACGUGUAAUAUGAUGUAAACAACUGAAUGCGUAUGAUGAAAUUAUCGGGUGUUAUGUCGUCGGGAGCUGGUUUUCAGUUUCACUCGGUGUUUAUUACUUCCAAACUUAUCAGUAGAAGGACGCGUGUAAAGGAUUGGAUUUGAAGAGCCUAACAUUAGUUAACAUUAGCUAGCUAACGUUACGUCCAACUGCACACAUGGAGACCGCAGCCCAGACGGCUCUGGACUCGGACCGGGAAAGAGAAAGACAGUAUUGUGAACUUUGUGGGAAAAUGGAGAAUCUCCUGAAGUGCGGCCGGUGUCGAAACUCGUUCUACUGCAGCAAGGAACACCAGAAGCAGCACUGGAAAACCCACAAGCUCAUCUGUAAAGAAUCUGAGGCGAAGUCGCAGGUUUCAAACCAGAAGCCUGCUGAACGUCGGGUACCGUCUGGGGAUGGGGGGACAGAGGGACAGAAGCCUGCUGAACGUCGGGUACCGUCUGGGGAUGGGGGGACAGAGGGACAGAAGCCUGCUGAACGUCGGGUACCGUCUGGGGAUGGGGGGACAGAGGGACAGACACUACCGCCACAAAAAGGACAAAAGACCCGCGCUGCAUCUCCGAGUGGAGAGACCAGAAUGAAAGGCUUCAUAACUAACGCAGAGUGCGCGGUGUCCUUGGACGAUCAGCCAGGCGGGUCUAAUAACAAUACCAAACCCAACGGACAAACCACCGCCCGGUCCACGCCUCAGAAACUCGCCAUGGAGUACAUAGUCCCGUGUAUGACUAAGCAUGGGAUCUGUGUAGUUGACAACUUCCUCGGCGGGGAAACGGGGCUGGCCAUCCUGGAGGAUGUCAAGGUGCUGCAUAAAACCGGGAAGUUUACCGACGGUCAGUUGGUCAGUCAGAAAAGUGACUCCACUAAAGACAUUAGGGGGGAUAAGAUCACAUGGAUCGAGGGCCGAGAGGCCGGCUGUGAGAAGAUCCGCUUCCUCAUGAGCCGUAUGGAUGAUCUGGCCAGACAUUGUAAUGGUCAACUGGGAAACUUUACAAUAAAUGGAAGGACCAAAGCGAUGGUUGCGUGUUACCCAGGCAACGGGACCGGAUACGUACGCCACGUGGACAACCCGAACGGAGACGGGCGAUGUGUCACCUGUAUCUACUACCUAAAUAAAGACUGGGACGCCAAGGAGCAUGGUGGUGUUCUGCGUAUCUUCCCAGAGGGUAAAGCUCAGUUCGCCGACAUCGAGCCUAAGUUUGACCGGUUGCUGUUCUUCUGGUCAGACAGACGGAACCCACACGAGGUCCAGCCGGCCCACGCUACUAGGUAUGCCAUCACAGUGUGGUAUUUUGAUGCUGAUGAACGAGCCAGGGCUAAAGAGAAAUAUCUAACAGUGUGCAUUUGAUGUCCGAAUAAACCGGAUGCAACCCGGAUAUAGACGUCCGUGAAUCGACGUAUACGAACGUGAGUAGAUUACCUUGAAAACAACAGUCGGACAUCUUGGAUGCAGUCUCCAGUUCAUAUUACACCUCAGUGAUCUAGACCAUAACCAACACACACGGACAUGCAUGCAUUGCCAAACAAUGCUACUGCCACCUUCUGGUUUGGAGUAUUUUAUCAAGGCUGAGUAACUGAUCACUUAAAGGUCUUUGCUGUGUGAACUUAAUAGAGAUUGACUACCGACUCUGUUCAGAGGUGCCGAAGUACUGUCGUCAGGCAAACGUUUGACAAUCCUACUAGCAUGUCUGAGCUUUUACUCAUUGCAAGCCUGUACUGGGAGUCUGGUUUGCAUCAUGUUAGCUCCACACUCAUGUUGCAUACACAUUAACACACUUGAAUAAUGAGACACUGUAGAAAUGUUUUACUAAUGUUUUUAAUGCACAUGACCGUGGGCAUAUCAGAGAUGUGUAAAUAAUGAAUUUAGACCCGGUGUCUAUUGGAAUCAGGUGUUCAUUUUCUGUAUUGUGUGCUGAUGUCUGGCUACUAAAACGGACAUGCGGCUAUUUGAGACUCUGGGUUUAAUGGAAGUUUUACAGUAAACCACAAGGUUCUAGGAGAAUCAUCUCACUGUCAGUCCUCUACUCUAAGUCUGUGUCUCUGUUUCCAGGAGCAGGAGAGAAAGGAGUGAAGGUUGAACUGAACAAACCAUCAGACCCUAGUGAGAGGGGAUGGGGGGGAGGGCCCACUGCUAGCCAUGA